AUUAUAGUUCACAUUCUUUCAGCUGAAACAAGGAAUUGUGGACAUUUGUAAAAUGUUCUAAUGAAACCCUUCUAAUCUUGUAUCUUGUUGCCUAGUGAAGCUCUUGCAUUUUUAUAGAUUAAAUAUUUAUGUACACAGGGUGGGAGGCUGUCAGAAAACACCAGAAGUUAACUCUCACCUCUGUGGAAACACGGGCCCUGAGAAACAGUCUGAUUACAAUGGAUGAAGGUCAAUAUUCCUAUUCUGAAGAAAGUAUCCCCCUGUCAUCACAAUCUUGGUUCUGGAAGAAGAAGAAGAAUUCUGUUUCUCCUGCUGCUAAAAGCCAAAGCAAAACAGAAGCAUGGGUACAAACAGUUAUCCCUUCAGACUCUCAAGUCCCUGAAGAUGCAGUAAGCAUUGAUCCUGAAACUAAACCACAGACUACCAUUCACUCAUCCAUUCCUCUACCAGGCAGCAUUAUUGAUUAUUCAGAGGAGAUACAAGAACAUCCUUCAUGUGUGAUUAAAAGUGUUAUGACUGAAGACACAUCUGAGGAGGAUGGAGAGAAAAACUCGUGGCUGCACAAGCUUGGAAUGAAUAUAAACAAGUGGUCAUUUCUGAAUUCCCUGAUUGGAUGGAGUGAAAACAGAGCUCUAGAAAAAGUACUUCAUCUGAACACAUCUGGAGUUUGUUCUGAUUCUGAUCACAAAGCAACUGAGCUGGAGAAAAGUACAACAGAAGAAGGAGUGCCAUAUAUUCCAUACAAGCUAGCUACAUUAUAUAUCAUCAAGAUUGUAAAAGACAUGCAGGAAAUGAAAAAAAAACACAUGAAGAUAAUCAGACAACUAGACAAUAUAAGGAAAGAAAACCAGGUAAUUAUUCUGGAGUGGUAGCACUGUUGUGUCAUACCAUUAGUCAAAAUGACACAGAGGGAUAAAAUCUACUUCAUUCACAUUUACUUCUGCAUUCAGGUACCCAUUCUAAGUCUCCAGAAAUACAGUCAAUGUAUCUUUAAGUGUAUUUGAUCUUACAACUUUGU